AUGGAACUUGGAGGUGCGCUGGAAGCGUUGGAUCCCAAUUCCAUCAAGCGCUCUGUGCUAAUGGAGGUCGAGGGUGUCCCUUUGGUCAGCUCCAUGGCAGAGGAAUGGGGUCACUUAUGGGGCUUCAAAGCUCGGCCCGAUGAUCUUCUCAUCUGCACUUACCCUAAAGCAGGGACCACUUGGAUCCAGGAAAUUGUAGACAUGGUUCGUCAUGGAGGAGACCCACGGCAAUGUGGUCGUGGCCCAACGCACGACCGCAUGCCCUUCAUAGACAUGUUCCUUCCAAAGCCCUUCCCCUCUGGUGUAGCCCAAGCAGAGGCAAUGCCCUCUCCACGCAUGCUCAAAACUCACCUCCCGGUUCAGCUCAUUCCCCCUUCCUUCUGGGAACAGAACUGCAAGAUCAUUUAUGUGGCCAGGAACGCCAAGGACAACGCGGUCUCCUAUUUCCAUUUCCAUCGCAUCGGCAACCUGUUGCCCGAACCAGGAAAUUGGGACCAGUUUCUAGAUAAUUUCAUUGCUGGGAAGGUUGCCUGGGGUUCUUGGUUUGACCAUGUCCGUGGCUGGUGGGAAGCCAAGGACCAUCACCCAAUUCUGUAUCUCUUUUACGAAGACAUGAAAGAGACCCCAGACCGGGAAAUCCAGAAAGUAGCCCAGUUCCUAGGCGUAACGCUUCCAGACCCGCUUGUGAACCAGAUUGUGCAGCACACAACGUUUGAGAGCAUGAAAGCAAACCCGAUGACUAAUUACAGCACUAUACCGUCUUUCAUCUUGGACCAAUCUGUGUCGCCCUUCAUGAGAAAAGGCACUGUGGGAGACUGGAGGGACCAUUUCACAGUGGUUCAGAGCAAACACCUAGACAAAGUCUGUGCCCGGGAACUGGGGGGCAGCGGCCUGGCCUUCCGCACACAAAUCUAA